AUGAAAUUGUUAUUAUAUUUACUUUCAUUAUUUAUUAUUUUAAUAUCCCAAAACCUAGUUAAUUGUGAAAAUUAUUAUUUAACAGAAUGGGAUAUAUUAGCACCAUUUCCAAGUGCACCAAGAGAAGAUGUUGAUGUAUUAAAUUGUUAUGGUGGAAUUGAUAAUAUACCAAUAGGUGAUAAUUCAACAUAUAUUAGUGAAUUAGUUAAUGGAGCAAGAGUUGGAUGGAAUCAUUAUACAACAAAUGUUGAUGGUAUGGUUAAUUUAAAUUUUUCAAAUAAUGUAAAUUGGGAUUUAAUAAAUAAUUGGGCAGGAUCAAGUGGCACAUAUUUUAGUGGUUGGGGAAUUUCAACAUUUUCAUUGAAUACUAGUGAAACCAUUUUAGUUACAUGUUCAGGUAUUGCAAAGUUUUGGAUAGAUUCAACAGUGAUGCAAGGUGAUUCAUAUGGAUUGGGAUUACAAUUUAAUUCAAUUCAAUUAUCAAGUGGUACACAUCAAUUAAAAGUUAGAAUCAUUGGAUCAGAGGCAGCAAGUUAUCAAUGUGAAAUCAUAACAACCAAAGAGGAGCAAUCAAUUUUCAUAGUCUAUGAAAAUACGAUUGUACCAGAUAUAGUUGAUAAUGAAUUUUCAUCACCUUUUAUCUCAAUUUCAGUUUUGAAUAUAUUGAAUCAACCAAUCAGUGGCAUGAUAUCAUUAGAGCCAUUAACUGAUGAGUUUCAAGUUUCAUUAAUUGAAUCACCAUUACCUCAAGAAAUUAAUUACAUUGGUCCUGGUCAAUUAAUUCCUGUCAAUUUCAUUGUUAAAACUAGUAAUGGUAGUGGUCUUAUUAAUUGUCCUUCAGGUACAACCUAUGCAUUUAGUAUGAUGGUUUAUCCUCAAUCCCCACAAUCAAAAGGUGAAUUAAUAACAUUAAAUUUUACAUGUAAAUCAUUUGGUGAACCAUUUACAUUUACAUUUCAAGAUUUUGAUUUAUCAAUUCAAUAUGCUGAUGCAAUACCACCAAAUGAUAUAGAAGGAGGUAUAUCACCAACACCAGUUUUAUUUGCAUUACAUGGUGCAGGUGUUGAUGCAAAAUCAUCGGCGUGGACAGGCGCAUUUCAAGUUCAAAAUUAUACAUGGAUAUUAUUACCAACAAAUAGAGCCAAUUAUGGAUUCGAUUGGGAAGAGGGUGGUAUAAAGAAUGGAUUGAUGGCAUUGGAUUAUUUAUGUAAUUCAUUACCUGGUGUGCCAAACAAUUUGAAAACCAAAUAUCAAUGUGAUCCAUAUCAACUUCAAGUACUAGGUCAUAGUAUGGGUGGACAUGGUAGUGAACAUUUCGCAACAGCAAUUUCACCAGAUAGAGUGGUAUCAUUAUCAAUUGCAGCAGGUUGGAUUGAUAUGAAAUUAUAUUCACCAAAUUUCCUUAGAGUUGGUUAUUCUUGGAGUAAUCCAAUGAUAAGAUUUAUUCUAGAUUCAGUAGUUAGUCAAAAUGAUGCAGAUUUCCACUCACCACAUUUAAUCAAUAUACCAAUGAUAGUUCGUAUGGGUUCAGAUGAUGAUAAUGUGCCACCCUAUCAUCUUAGACGUAUGCUACGUCUAUAUGAUCAGUUAACACAUAAUACAAGUAUUGGGUUAAUUAGUGAAAUCCCAGGAGAAAAUCAUUGGUUCAAUGGUGUGGUUGAUGAUGCAAUCAUGCAAGCAUUCCUUAGCAAAUAUGCAAUCUCUGGUAUACCAUUAUUACCGGACAGAUUUUUAAUCAAUUGUUUAAAUCCUGGCUCUUUCCAAGGCAAAGGUGGUGUUUCAAUUCAACAAGCCAUUAAUAAUUUCAAAGCUUCAAAAAUUCGUGUUGAUAAAACAAACUCUUUAUCAAGUGGUAUUUGGUCACUACAAACAGAGAAUGUAAAAAGAUUUGGUUUCAAUUCAUUCAAUGAGAAACCAAAUCAAGUCAUUAUCGAUGGUCAAAAAUUUAAUUAUAUUCAACUACCAUCACAUUAUUGUACCGAUGGUACAAAGGUUAAAAAUAAUAAAAAGAGUGGUUCAAGUGUAGUUUGGUCAAUUUGUAAUGAUGGUAAUGAUUGGAUGUGGAGUGAAAGAUCACCAUUAAAUUCUGGUCCAAUGGUACAAAUAUUAGAUUAUCCAAUUUUAAUUGUUUAUGGUACAAUUGGAAGUGAACAACAAACCAAUCAACGUCAACAAUCUGCAGUUUAUUUAUCAAAUGUUUUAAUGUAUCAAAUGAGAUAUUCAAUAAAUGUUUUAGAGGAUACUCAAUUCACAAAUGACUUAUUCACAACUUAUAAUGUAAUAUUUAUGGGAGGCCCACAAACAAAUAAAGCAGUUUACUCAAUUCAAUCAGUUUUACCAUCACCAAUUGGUUUCCAUGGUUCAAGUGAUAAUAUGUCAUUCUCUUUAAAUGAUGAUUCAAAUAUGUUUUCAGGUCCUUCUGUUGGUUUAUUGUUUUUAUCAUCAUGUUAUUCACCAGAGGCCAUUAUGAAAAUUACACCAAAAGAACGUUAUACUCAAGCUAGACAAGGUUGUAUGCUUACAGUUAUUGAGGGUACUGAUACUAUUGGUUUCCAAAAUAGUCUUUUCAAUUUCCCAACUAAAUCAUCUUUCCCAAUGCCAGAUUUCAUGAUAUUAGGUCCAAAUUUUGGUUAUCAAGGUGUAUCGGGUGCUAAUGCUCUUGGAUUUUGGGAUAAUAAUUGGCAACUAUCUGACCUUUCUUAUAUAACUUCAAUUUUAAAUGAAUAG